CGAAGAAGAAGAAGAGGCGGUAACGUCCGGGUUUCAAAAGCUCGAUAGCAACGAUCACAUCAACAACAACAAGCUGCCAGACCCCGAGGAGUUCAGUGUUUACACACUCUGGUGUUGUGUGCUGGGAUGGGAUCGCCAACAAAAGAUGCUACACCACACAGAGCCAACAUGCGUACCCCUGGUCGAGAACCUGACUCCCCACUUCCCCCCAUCAAUGAGCGGCUGGCGUACCUCCGCCCCUCAAGGGAGCUACUGGAGUUCUACAGACAGAAGAUCGCCCAGUUUGACGGAGAACAUGAGGAGCUGCUGCAGAUGCUGGAGAAGUACAAAAGCAUCGCAGAGGACCAGCAUAAACUACACUGGGAGGUACGACAGCGUGAGGGAGAGAUUACGGAGCUGCAAAACGCUCUGAGUGACAUGCAGGUCUACCUUUUCCAAGAGAGAGAACAGUCUCUUCGGCUGUAUGCAGAAAAUGACCGACUAAAGAUCAGAGAAUUGGAGGACAGGAAGAAAAUCCAGCACCUUCUUGCCCUGGUGGGUCCUGAUGUAGAAGAGAUCACAUAUUUCCAUCGGGAACCUCCUCACAAGGUUACUGUCAGACAGAAGAAGGCUGAAUCCUGUUCGGAAGAAAAUCUCAAUCUCAGGCCUACAAAGUUAAGACCUGCUGCGACCAGGAAAGCAGAGAGCAGCAGGAAAACAAAAUCAGCAGACGGGGUAAAUGGAGAGAGCCUGGAACAAUACAAGAACGACAAACAGACGUUGUUACUACAGGUGGAGGCUCUGCAGGCUCAGAUGGGGGAACAAACCCGUCUGGUUAAAGAGCAGGUAGAGUCUCUGCUGGAGGAUCGAAGGAUUCAAACAGAAGAGGGACAGGCACAACGACAGAGAGAUCAGGAGCGAGUCACAGUUCUGACUGACAAGCUCCAGCGAACCCAGAACCUGUUGUAUGAGAGCACCAGAGAUUUCUUACAGCUAAAGUUUGCCACACGGGCUAAUGAGAAGGGCUGGAUGGUGGAGAAAGACCGGCUGCUGAAGGAGCUGGACUCUUGCCACAACCGUCUGAGGAAGACGGGCCCAACGUGGCAGCCCAGCAGCAGCACAGCCCUGCUCCUCACCCGGCCUCAGCCAGAGUUACAGCAGACACACAAAGAGGAGCUAAAAGCAAUGCAGGAGGAUCUGAAGCAAGCCCACCGUCUGGCAGAGAUGUACAGAGAGCAGUGCAUUACGCUGGAGACAGAACUGUCCCAAAUCAGAGAGGAAGGGGAUGUGGGCAGGGAAUUAUUUAAGGACCGUUCGGACAAAAUGGCCAGGCGUCUCCAGCUGAUGACUCAGCGCUAUGAGGCGCUGGAGAAGAGGAGGGCCAUGGAGGUGGAGGGCUUCAAGACGGACCUGAAGCACCUCAGACAGAAAUUCAAAGAUGUCGAAAAACAACUCCUCAAGGCUACUCUGAAUAUUGGGCCCAACCAGGACUUAGCCAUUCUGCAUGAGGUACGCCAGACCAACAGCAGGACAAAGAAGGUUCAGGGUGAGCUGCUGGCGCUGAAGGCAAAGAUCUAUGGACUGGAAAACGAGCUGAGGUUUAGCUGAGGACUGGACUGUGGUGUCUCCUGUCUGCCUAUAGAGGACGAUCUAUAUGAGAUUUAUCCCAUAUGUUUGUGCUACUGUGCUUAUUACUGAAACUUAGAGUGAAUGUUAUUUCUAUUUUGUACUUUUGGACUAAUAAAUAUGUUUUGCUACAAUGAUUUUAAA